CAAACAGGCGGGGGAUUCUGUUUGUAAGCACGCGCCUACUGAUACAUAUGAUAUGAAUAUUAUCUUAAUGUUAAGUGGUCCGCUGGGAAGGAGACAUCAAAUUACUAUUUGUUAGUGAUCUUAGCAUAUGAUAGGACCUUUCAAAUCGCCGAAAGAUCGAAACCAUUGCCGAAUGCAGUGGCGGGGAUGCGCCAAACAUUCAUUAACAAGUGAAGAUGGACAUAUCCGAUAGUGUCAUCUUACCAACCCCUCAUUAAAUGCAAUGUAUAGUGGAAGGACCUUGGUAUCUGAUUUAUAUGUGUAAUGAUUCCAUAUAAAGCUUCAGAACAUUUCAAGAAAAGGAAACGUCUGGAAAAACGAGUUGAAUCGGUUGAAAAGGUUUUAUCAUGAAUCAAACAGCUGAAAUAAUGGACCAAAACUAUACAAACAUCUCAUCUUUUGUUAUAUCGAAAUUAGGAGAGAAACGAAAAGACUUAUUUACAGUAGUACUACUGUCUACGGCUUACUUCAUCAUUUUCUUAACUGGAACUAUUGGAAACUUGACCACCUGCUUGGUUCUCCGGAAACAAGUGUACAUGCACACAGUAACCAACCAAUAUCUACUAAACCUAGCAAUAGCGGACCUACUGACAAUUGUUCUAGCAUUGCCUCCGGAAGUUUACACGAUAUGGGAAGCAUAUCCAUGGAGAUUUGGAGAACCGUUUUGCAUAUUUAAGGCUUUCCUUCUAGAAUGGACUUCUUAUGCAUCUGUGUUAACGAUUACAGGGUUCACUGUGGAACGCUACAUCGCCAUUUGCCAUCCAAUCACGGGUCAAAAGGUCACCAGACAAUCGCGAGCUUUUAAAUGUAUAAUUUGCAUAUGGAUUAUAUCCGCAUGUUGUGCAAUGCCAUAUCCGUUUCAUACGCGCACAUUUUACUACUUAAAUGAUCCAAGAACUAAUUUGCCUAUCAAGGACACUUUAUUGUGCAACAUUCCGAUAGAAUGGCAUGGAAGAAUGAUUGCCAUGUUCCAAGUGUCUACUUUCGCUUUCUUUUUCCUUCCGAUGACUAUAAUUACAAUUAUGUACAUACUGAUAGGAAUUCGUUUGCGCAGGACGGAAGUGGAUACUACAAUGGGCGUCCAGUAUAAGGGAGCUCUAUCCACCACUGCCAGGGCGAGGAAAGCAGUUCUGAAGAUGUUAGUGGCCGUUGUGGUUGCUUUUUUCCUGUGCUGGGCGCCAUUCCACGCACAAAGAUUGAUGACACUGUACAUUAAAGACUGGAGUCCCGAGUCGAUGGAGUUUCACAGUCAUUUGUUUUACAUAUCAGGUGUUUUAUAUUUUGUCAGCUCAACGGUAAACCCCAUACUUUAUAAUCUGUUGUCUCGGAAGUUCCGUUACGCAUUUAAACGGACAUUUUGUCGGUGCUGUUUGAACUUGGAACCAUUUCCAACAUUCUACAAACUGAAGGCAAUAUUCAUUAACAGGAGUGAUGUGAAUUCAGGAUCGCCAAGUCCUAGAUUUCUAUAUCCCCAGAAACCUGUAGGUAUGGACACGUUUUACAAUAAAAAUGGUGGAAAUCUGUCGGCGAACGGCCCAGUAAAACAAGCAUCAACCAAAGACACUGUCAUAAAGUGCUCAUCUUCCAGCAGUAGUUCACAUGCGCACUCGGACGGAAGACUUCAUUUUAUAUGCCGUCACAAAAGCUGCAAUAGUAACCGCAUAAGAUUGAGUUUGGAAGUAAACAUGGUGUACAAGCAGUUUAAUAAUGCGUCGUGUCAGGAUAUCGAGACACUCAGAAAAAUUAAAUGCUUUAAACAGCUGUCCAACCAAAAUGUAGGAGAUAUCGAAAAAGAUUGUGACGUCACAGCGAGUCUGAUUUAAAUGCAGACGGGGAAACUUUAUGACACGAAUUAAACGUAUUUGAUAUUUUUGAAGUGCAUGUAUACAUGUAAUAAUGAACACGCCAUAAUAAAAUAUACAUGUAUACAUGCAUAUGUAGUAAAUCAAAGUAUUAAAAUCCUAUGGAACUUGGUGAAAAUUGCGUUGAUUCGAAUGCAAGCGCGAAGACAUGUAAUUCGCCAGUUUUUAUAUCAUUUCAGUGAAACUUUUCAAUGCGACGAAGAAGGCAUAGCAGUAAAUGGUUUUGUUUUGUUUGUUCGUCAUGUUGUUCUGAAAUGUUUCAUAAAAUCUGUAAAAGCAUGUAAA